AUGAUAAAGGAGACAUCAACAUCAAAACAUCACCAAAAAGGCCAGCAACAGGUUACCUCAUCAAGUGGUUCAUCAGCAGCAUCGUCAACAUCAAAACCAACAACUUCAACAACAACAACAACAUUAACAAAUGGAGGAUAUGUAGUGCUGGGUAUUGUAGCUGUUUUGAGCUCUCUUUUCUUCUACCCAUUGUUGUUUAAAUACUUUGACUUCACAGGCAUGCAGUCGAAUCGAGUGGAGGUUAGCUCUAUACAAGGAGGUCUCAAAAAGAUAUCACAUUGGUCAAAGAACAAUGGAGUAUGCUCACAUCGUAUUGCAGUUGGCUACAACACAAACUUGGACCUUGUGGUUGAUGCCAUCGAGCUGAUGCAGAUGCUUGGUGUGAUCACCAGCGAAUCACCGCUUUCAGCCGACUCUAUCGACUCAAUCGAUGACUUUGAGAACACCUUUACUUAUUACUUUAAAACUGGAAGUGCUGCAGAGAGAACUAUCAACGACAAGAAACUGUUUGAUGUCAUACUGAACGCUGCACUGAGUCUAAAGAGGAAGGAGUUCCACACUGGUGGAAACGCAGGAAUUAUAGCCAAUCGAUUGGCAAAGGAGGGAUGCAAUGUCUACCUAAGUGGUGUUGUCGGAGAGCGUCUUAAACAGCUACUGCAUGAAAGGAUCAACGUCAUUGACUACAACAGAGACACACAGGACGAGAUUCACUUGAUUAUGGAGUACCAAAGGAAUGAGUCAUGGGGUCAGCACGUCACUCCACGAGCCAAUCGCUUCAUUGUGUCACGUGAUGAAUCAAAUGCCAAUAUGGCCACAUUAGAGGUGCUCCACCAUCAUCUAAAGGCCAGUAGUGGUACAGAAAGAACAGAUCUUCUUAUACUCUCGGGUCUCCAUCUCUUGGAUGUGGCACACGCCAACCGUAUCGAUGAUAUGGCCAAGGUUUUGGAGGAGACGCCGCACUCUACAUCAUCUAUGCCUAUACAUUUGGAACUGGCAUCAAUGACAUCGGUACCCAUCAUCAAGGACAUUGCCUCAAAGAUCAUCCCAAACGUAGACAGUGUCGGUCUGAACGAACAAGAACUUGGCUUCCUGUACAUCAACACAGGAGGUAGCCAACACAAACUGGCAGACUUUAGCUCACCAUCGAUCAACACUGCAGUCGAUGCCAUCAUUCACCUGUUCAACAAUGUCGGAGGCCACAGGUCAGACCUUAUGGACAUUGACAUUGAUGGAGGCAAAAAGACAUUGUCUCGAGUGCAUUUCCAUUAUCUUACCUACCAUAUCGUAGCGGUCAAGAAGGAUAUGUGGCCCAAGGAGCGCUCCAUGAUGUCGGUUGCCGCAUCAUCACUGGAGGCCAGCGAUCAAGCUUGCGGUUUCAAGGAUGUGGAGCUACGAAUCCCUCUCAAGUUUGAGGUGGACUAUAGGUAUACACCAGGCUCCAAACUCAAGUUUAACAUUGAUGAGACAUUCCCAGUGGUCACCUGGCAGGAUGAGGGUAUUGAGUUCCACUUGGCGCCGGUGCUCGUUUGCAAAGCACCCUCCAAGACAGUUGGUCUUGGUGAUUCAAUUUCCACCACAGGCUUCAUCUACCAGACACUAAAGUCGUAA